AAAACUUUGAAUUUCUAAAAUCAAAAUUAAAGAAUUUGAAUCUCUCUCCAAAAGAGUUCCCGCCAUCUUCUCCUCUCACCUUCCUCUUAAACAUCAAACAUGGUAAGUUCAUCAGAUUCUGCAAAUUGAUUACACUUCUCUCUUUCUCUCUCUCUCAUUUCCAAUGAAACCCUCCACCCUCCUUGACGCCCACAACCAGACAAUCACCACCCAAAAGCUAACUCUCUCUUGUCCGAUCCUCGACCGCUUCCUCUCCGGUGGCAUUCCUUGCAAAUCCAUCACCGAAAUCGUUGCCGAAAGCGGUUCCGGUAAAACCCAGCUCUGUCUUCAACUCCUCCUCUCUGCUCAACUCCCUGCCUCGCUCGGUGGCUUUUCCGCCUCCUCUCUCUACCUCUACACCGAAUUCCCCUUCCCCGAUCGCCGGCUCCGACAACUUUCACACUCCUUCGCCGAUUCCUACAAUACCCAUAUAGGUUCUCUAUCGUAUGAUCCCUUGGACAAGGUUUUAGUCCAGGCUGUUCAUGAUGCACACCACCUGUUCGACGUUUUGCUCAAGUUAGAUUCUUUUCUUGUCCGAAGGAACUCGACCCAAUGGCCAAUUAAACUGAUUGUUAUUGAUUCGAUUGCCGCCAUUUUCCGGUCGGAUUUCGAUAACACCCCUUCUGAUCUUAAGAGGAGGUUAUCGUUCUUCUUCAAGAUUUCAGGGAAGUUGAGAGCGCUGGCUGAGAAGUUUGGAUUGGCAGUGGUGAUAAGCAAUCAAGUGGUUGAUUUUGUGGGGAAUAAUGAUGGGAUUAAUGGGUUAAGGAUAGGGAAUUUGCCAUGUUUGUAUACUUCAGGGAGGCGGGUUUGUGCGGCUUUGGGUUUAUCAUGGGCUAAUUGUGUUAAUACAAGGCUAUUUAUAUCGAAAAGCGAGGAGGUUAUUGGAGAGGGGAGUGGGUUUGUUGAGGAAGAUGGGAAGUUCUCAGUGGGUAUGCGUACUAGAAGACACAUUCAUGUUGUUUUUGCGCCUCAUUUGCCACCUUCUUCUUGUGAAUUUACAAUCCUGAGGGAAGGGGUUUCCGGUCUGGAAAGUAGAGAUCAUCUUGUUGCAAAUAGUAGUCGUCAAUAAUAAUGUUGAUUUAGUUGUGUUUUUAGAAUUUAAUGGUGUAAAUACUAAAUAGUGGGAUGUAAUUCUGAAACGUUGGCGUGUUGGAUAAUCUUGAGUCUUUACAGAAUUACAGAUAGUUUAAGGAGAAAUUUCUGGGCUGCUAUCAUAUCACCACAUUUUUGGUUCAUAAUCUUAUUGUACCUGUAAGAUGUUUCCUGAGUCCAGAGAUGAGCAAUCUAUCUAUAUAGUGCUUUUGUUGCA